AUGAACCUGAAACUCAAGGGUGCUCAGACCGGUCACAGUUUGCUCAAGAGGAAAAGCGAGGCCUUGACAAAACGAUUUCGAGAGAUCCUGAAACGAAUCGAUGAGGCGAAGCGGAAAAUGGGCCGGGUGAUGCAAAUUGCUGCAUUCUCCCUGGCUGAGGUGACUUAUGCUGUGGGUGGAGACAUUCAGUAUCAGAUCCAAGAGUCUGUCAAGACGGCCCGGUUCCGAAUCAGGACCAAGCAGGAGAACGUUUCGGGUGUCUAUCUACCCCAGUUUGAGGGAUACACGAUUGACGAGAUCAACGACUUCGGCUUGACUGGUCUCGGCAAAGGAGGUCAGCAGGUGCAGAGAUGCCGAGAAACAUACAGUCGAGCCGUGGAAACGCUGGUCGAGCUGGCCAGUUUGCAGACAGCAUUCACGAUUCUGGACGAGGUUAUCAAGGUUGUUAACAGGCGAGUCAAUGCCAUUGAACAUGUCAUCAUCCCACGAACCGAGAACACUAUCAAAUACAUCAACUCCGAACUCGACGAACUUGACCGAGAAGAAUUCUACCGACUGAAGAAGGUUUCGGGCAAGAAACAAAGGGAUCAAGCAGCAGCCGACGCAGAGAUGCAAAAUCAAAGAGAGAAAGACAAGGCCAAGGGUGUAAGCGAUAAGGAGAAUGAUGUCGAGACGAAAGACGUGCUGGGCGAACAAGAGGAUGAGGAUGUCAUCUUUUAA